AUGGAGGAUGAAAACAUUGCAUCAGAACAAAGUGAAAGAAGAGAGGCCAAUGGAAAUGCAGACAGCUUAUUAGCAGCUAGCAUCAACGAAAAACUAAGUACCCUUACAUCCUUACCAUCUCAGUGUUGUAUCUAUAGAGUGCCUGACACACUCCGCCGAGUAAAUGAAGAAGCCUUUGUGCCUCGAAUCCUCUCAAUUGGCCCUGUCCACCAUGGGAAAAAAAGGCUACGAGACAUGGAAGGUCAUAAAUGGCAAUACCUUAAGGCGCUUCUCCAGCGAAAACCGGGAACAAUGGUAGAACGCUAUGUUAAAGCCAUGAGGGAGUUGGAAGCAAGAACAAGAGGAUGUUACGCAGAGAUCAUCAAAUUUGACAGUGAUGAAUUUGUCACAAUGAUGCUUCUUGAUGGCUGCUUCAUCAUAGAGCUCUUCCUCAAAAACAAGAAUAAGCAAUUGAGGGAUGAAGACGACCCUAUAUUCAAUAGAACUAUGGUACUCACGGAUCUUCAUCGUGACCUCAUAUUACUGGAGAAUCAGCUACCCUUCUUUGUUCUUGAGACUUUGUUUAAUCUAAUUGAGAAUACCGACCAAGAAGGUCCUUCCACCUCUGUCCUUGAGCUCACCUAUGUUUUUUUCAAAUUUCUAGGUCUUCAAGAAGUUUUGAUCAGAGACUCUCAGCCUGAUGUGAAGCAUUUGCUAGAUCUAUUACGACUAUGGUUUGUACCACCUUCUUCAACCAAGUCAACUAGUAAGAGUAAGUUUGAGCUCAUACGUAGCGUGACAGAACUGCAUGAGGCUGGAGUGAAGUUCAGGAUGGGAACAGUAAGUUGUUUGAUGGAGAUAAAAUUCAUAAAUGGGGUUCUGGAAAUUCCACCUUUAACCAUUGAAGACACUACUGAUUCUCUCCUUGGCAAUCUUAUAGCCUUUGAGCAGUGUUGCAAUCGCUUCACUCCUCAUUACAUCACUGACUAUGUGAUUCUCAUGGAAUAUCUCAUAAACUCUCCAAAGGAUGUUGCGCUGCUAAGUCGAUAUGGGAUCAUCAACAACUUGUUAGGUGACAAUGAGGGGGUGUCCCAUCUCUUCAAGAAGCUGGGAAAAGAAGUGGUGUUUAACAGUGACAAAUUUCAAUUCUCAAAUCUUUGCCGUGAUGUGAAUAAAUAUCAUAAGACUCGUUGGCAUAUAUGGAGAGCAACUUUAAGGCGAGAUUAUUUCAACAAUCCCUGGGCAAUAAUUUCAUUUAUUGGUGCAGUUCUUCUCCUCUUCUUCACAUUGAUCCAAACUGUGUGUUCUCUCCUUUCUCUAAAGAAAGGAAACAACAAGUAG